AUUCUACUUUUUUUGGAACUCUUUGCGCAAUAGUUUUACGAUUGACAUGUUAUUAUGCUCCAGUUUAUUUGAAAAAAUUGAACUGCAUCUCACUCCUGUCCUUGUAUUUUUAUUUGUUGCUCUGCGUUGAAGGGGGCUGGUUGCUCCUUUAUAUGCAUGGGCAAGUAUGUUUCGAUUUAAAUUUGGGCAAAAAGGGUAUCUGACUUUUCCUCCAUUCCUGUCCUUCAAGUAUGAGCUCAUGAUUGUUUCUCUGCUCCCUUGUCCUUGCCCAUCCCCAUCAUAUUCUUUCGUCCACAUUUUUUGACUGUAAAGCAAAUUCCUGUGGGUUCUCCACACUGAUGUCGUAAACAAUAAGUUGUUAGAUGGUUCCUGUCAUGUCCUUGCACUCCAUUCUUGUUUUCUCAGUCUACCCUUAAGUAUUACUACUGGCCCAAUGACCAUCAUCACAAACAGCUUCUCUAGAGCUCACCUGACGUUGCCCCCAGGAUGAAGUCUCCCUCCAUUGCCUUCACAUAUUCUGGCGACAAUGGAGGUUGUAAAACUAAACCCCAAGGUGUUGACUUGGUGGUCAAUGCCCGAGACUUAGGGGGUUUGCUUGCUUUCUCCUAAGAUCUCAGGUGUUCGAAACCUCCUAGGUGGAUUAGUAGAAUGGUCAUUUUACAUUGUAGUAUCAACUUUUGUCCCCUUCAUUUCUUUUGCUUAAUGUAAAGCGACUUUUGGGGUACUUGGGAGAAGUGCUAAGGUGUGCUCUCCUAGUAUCUUGCUACACAGGUAAAAAGAAUCAACCAUGAUACAAGCUUACAUGGCGUAUGCAAUGUCGGUGUUGCUUGGCCGAGCUUUGCCGGAUGUUCACGACGGGUUGAAGCCUGUUCACAGGCGGAUAUUGUUUGCAAUACAUGAAUUGGGCCUGUCAUCACGAAAACCCUACAAGAAGUGUGCAAGAGUUGUUGGAGAAGUUCUUGGUAAGUUUCAUCCUCAUGGGGACACUGCUGUAUAUGAUUCCCUGGUUCGGAUGGCGCAGGAUUUCUCUUUACGCAGCCCACUCAUUCGAGGGCAUGGACAUUUUGGUUCGAUUGAUGCAGAUCCUCCUGCUGCUAUGCGUUACACAGAGUGCAGACUGGAAGCACUUACUGAAGCAAUGCUGUUGGCUGAUUUGGACCAAGAUACAGUAGAUUUUGUCCCAAAUUUUGACAAUUCUCAAAAGGAACCAUCGCUCUUACCCGCUCGAAUCCCAAAUUUGUUGUUGAAUGGUUCGUCUGGCAUUGCGGUUGGAAUGGCUACCAACAUUCCUCCUCAUAAUCUGGGGAAUUGGUGGAUGCUCUCUCUGUCUUGAUUCAUAACCCAGAAGCCAUGCUGCAAGAAUUGCUGGAAUACAUGCCAGGACCUGAUUUUCCAACUGGUGGUCUAAUAAUGGGUACCGCUGGCAUCUUAGAAGCUUAUCGAACUGGGCGAGGACGGGUCGUUGUCAGAGGAAAGACUGAUAUUG